AGACUUCUGUUCAAGCUGGGAGAGGCGCAGAAGAAACUUCUCCUGCUGCUUGGCUUCUCCCGAAACAUUCACUCCAUUUUGGACUUAAUUCUGAUUUCUGAUUUAAAUCCUGUCGGAAUGUAUGCUUGGUAACCUUAACUACAAGGCAGUACACAAAAAGGCUGAAGAUUUUGUGGGAAGGAGAAUGAGGAUGAUGGAAAUAUUGGUGCUCCUCGUGGUUCUUGCGAGUGUGGCACAGGGCCAGCCUCCAGUUGGCUCGGGGUGCGCACAAAAAUCGGAAUGUCCCAUCGACUUGUAUUUUGUCAUUGAUACCUCGGAGACCAUAGCUCUGCAAGAGAACCCGCCCGGAAGUCUGGUAGAGAGCAUCAAAGAAUUCACCGCCUCCUUUGCGAGGAAACUAGAUGAUGUUAACUACAAAGGUUCAGUUCAGAUCAGCUGGUCUGUAGGAGGUCUUCACUUCUCCCAGCGACAAGAGAUCAUCAGUGCCAUCACCAGCAAGGAUGAAUUCAUCAGGAAGCUGCAACCUAUCAAGUACCUGGGCAAGGGAACGUACAUUGACUGUGCCAUCACCAACAUGACCCAGCAGCUGAUCCGCUCGCCAUCCAAACCUAAUGCGAAACGCUUCGCUGUGGUCAUCACUGAUGGUCACGUGACAGGAAACCCCUGCGGUGGGAUCAAAGUGGCGGCAGAGCGUGCGCGCGAUGAGUUCAUUAAAAUUUUCGCAGUCGCGUCUUCCAGGAAUCUAGACGAGGCGGGGCUUAGAGAGAUCGCAAAUUCACCCGCUGGAGUUUAUCGUGAUAAAUACAUGGCAGUUGAUCUCAUGGGCGUGCGGCCUCUCAUUAUGACAUCAACAAUUGACCGCAUUUAUGACACAAUGCUACAUCUGGCUUAUCAAGAGUGCUACUCGACGAAAUGUCUGGAGACUAAAGGACCUCCAGGUCCAGAAGGACACAGAGGACAGAAAGGCGCCAAAGGUGAUAACGGUGACCCUGGCCCAAAAGGUGAAAGAGGUCGUCCUGGAGAUCCUGGUAUUGAAGGCCCCAUUGGACAUCCUGGAGCUAAGGGAGAGCACGGUCUCAAUGGUGAAAAGGGAGAAAUUGGAACACAAGGGAAAAAGGGUGUUGCAGGAAUAUCUGGCCGCAAUGGAACAGAUGGGCAAAAGGGAAAAAUUGGCCGGAUCGGCGCCCCUGGCUGCAAAGGUGACUCGGGUGACAAGGGUCCUGAUGGCCAUCCUGGAGAUGUUGGAGAAACUGGUCUUCCAGGGUCUCUGGGAGAGAAGGGUGAUCCAGGUCGUCCAGGAAGAUCAGGUCCACUCGGCCCGGAUGGAGAUGCUGGGCCUAAAGGAGAAAGAGGAAGUUCAGGAUCACCUGGAAUUCCUGGUGUGAAAGGGUCUGCUGGGACAUCUGGGGGACAGGGACCUAAAGGCGAUGCUGGAAGACGAGGUGACUUUGGACCCAAAGGUAGCACUGGACCGAGCGGGUCGAAAGGAGAGAGGGGUGAGCCGGGUCCUGAGGGUCCCAGGGGUCUUGCGGGAGAAGUUGGAAACAAAGGAGCUAAGGGUGAUGUUGGACUUCCAGGACCAAGAAGCCCACCAGGAGCCCCUGGGGAACCAGGAAGAAAUGGUUCACAAGGUGACCCAGGUGAUGCUGGCCCUAGAGGUGACCCUGGCCCCCCAGGACCAAAGGGUGAUUCUGGCAGACCUGGAUUCAGCUACCCUGGACCAAUGGGACCUACGGGUGACAGGGGGGAUAAAGGUGCACCUGGACCAAGAGGAAGCAGAGGAGACUGUGGAGCAAAGGGUGGACCAGGUCCUAAGGGAACUCCAGGAGAGCCUGGAGAGCCCGGACCCUCAGGAGAAUCUGGACUAAGAGGGCCCAGGGGAGAUGGAGGAAGAGAUGGAGACCCUGGCCCAGAAGGAGACCCUGGUCUUACUGAAUGUGAUGUCAUGAACUACAUCAGAGAGACAUGUGGAUGCUGUGACUGUGAAAAGAGAUGCGGAGCCCUGGAUAUUGUGUUUGUGAUUGACAGCUCAGAGAGUGUGGGCUUGACAAACUUCACCCUGGAGAAGAACUUUGUAAUCAACACCAUCAACAGACUGGGCUCAAUAGCAAAAGAUCCCACUUCUGAGACAGGAACCAGAGUUGGCGUUGUCCAGUACAGUCAUAAUGGAACUUUCCAGGCCAUCCGCCUCAACGACUCCAAGAUCGACUCUCUGUCCGCCUUCAAAGAAGCCGUGAAGAAGCUGGAGUGGAUCGCCGGUGGAACAUGGACUCCUUCCGCCCUGAAGUUCGCCUAUGAUAACCUCAUUCGUGACAGCCGUCGGGCGAAGGCUAAUGUCACUGUGGUGGUGAUCACGGACGGCCGGUACGACCCCCGCGAUGACGACAAACUGCUUAAUUACCUCUGCACAGACACUAGCAUUGAUGUCAACGCUAUUGGAAUCGGGGACAUGUUUGAUCAGCCAGAAGAGAACGAAAGCCUGAAAUCCAUCGCUUGCAAAAAAGACGGAAGGGUGAUGGGCAUGAGGCGUUUCGCGGAUCUGGUGGCAGAGGAUUUCAUCGAUAGGAUUGAGACUGUGCUCUGCCCAGAUCCAGUGAUUGUUUGCCCUGAUCUUCCAUGUAAAAGUGAUGUGGUGUCUACGUGGAAUGGGUAUCCCAUACAUGACGCCCUUGCAGAGGAGGGAAAGGACAGUCCCAUCCCGAACACUGUACCGAGCGUCGCAAACUUAAUCGACAAUCUACAAGAGGCCAAGCACCCAGAUACCUACACCAAGGCUAUAGCUACAUUGGCAUACGUAGCCCAGAGAGCCAAGCUGGCCUCUGGUCCUGAAAAACAGAGAUGGACCGAUCUGUUCAUAGACUCGUUUAAAGUCGUCUAUUCCGACAUCACAGGAGACCCAAACAAAGCUCUCAGUUUGUGUUAGGGUUCAGAAGCAUGGGAUGGGCAUUAAACAAAACAUGGUGAUAACUUUCGUUUCGAAAGAACAGGAAGCACUUGGCCUCGCUGUAGAGUUGUGCUUGAGAAGGACAGUCGUUGAGUAAAUCGCUAGCUGGUCUACGCAUGAAUUUAGCUUGUGUAAUUGAUACGUGGUUGCAUUAACAAUUCUAAUCUAACACAGUUGCUAAUACUUUAAAUAAUCUAGCAUGGAAAAUAUUCAGCAUCUUGGCUAGAUCAACAGAAAUUAUGCCACUUACAUAUUUUCGCUUACCUCUAUGAUGAGCAGUUCUUGCUUAGUAUAUGUGAAUAGCUGUUUGUCUCUGACCUCAAUUUCUGCUUUUUUCAUAUGGCGUGCAAUGUUUUCUCGUGUACUUAUUUGCUUGAAUCCUCAGGGUCUGUAGGAUUUGAAGGCAUUCUGAUUUUGCACACUAAAACAAAUGUGAUGAGAGAUGGGUCAGGGUUGUGAAUUAUGGAUUAGUGGUUAUUAUACUUCAAAAUUGAAGGCUUGUAACCAAAACUCUGUCAUCUCAUCAUUUAUCACCCUCAAGUUGUCAUAAACCACAUUGAUUUUCUUUCUAGUAUGGAACACAAAAUGAGAAGAUUUUUUUAAAGAAAUUAUGCAAUAUGGUGUCCGGAGGUUUGUGAAGAACAAAAAAAUGAAAGCAACCUUCUUAAAAACAUCUUUUUAUGUUAUCCACUGAAGACAAUUAUAUACUGUACAUUGACAUGAGGGCGAGUAAAUGAUAACAGAUUUUUGUUUUUUUAUUUUGGGUGAACGUUCCCUAAACUAUCUAUAUGUACAUAUGGCAUUAAUCUUAAGAUUUUGUUCAUGUUCAUUUAAAACAGUUUUGCACUUUGCACAUUAUGGCUAGAUUCCAAAGCUUAUCAUAGAUUGGCUCAUAGAAGUUUUUUAGUGCCCCUACGGUGUUUUUAUUGAAAUUAUGUGUACAAUAUCUGAAGCGUGUGGUAAACGGCUUUAACCGGAAUUUAUGUAAUUUUAUAUAUCCUAAAUUACCCCCAUUUAUUCAUUUGCUUUUAGACAGCGUUAAGCUUUAGAGAAUUCACAAUGUAUAUUUGAAGUAGACUGUAUACACUGUGAUGAGGUUUUGCUUUUAGCCUCUUAUAUGAAUGUUCAUGUCCAUCUGGGUGGCAUGUAUUGCAUGUGCAAUGAUUAUUCAAGCGAUUGGUAAUGGCUGGAAAUACAUAGCAAUGGGAUUUAGCUGUGCCCAUCUUGACGUUAUCUUUCCAUGAGCGAAAGAAAAAACUUGUUUGGACUUUGUAUUAUUCAAUCAGUCUGCCAUUAUGGUCAAUAGUUACAUUUUUCUUGGUAAUGUGAAAUGAUGUAGUUGAACACGAUUAUAUAUGACACUGUGUAUUCAAAAUGUGCAAUUAGCUCUAGGACUGCAGGAAAUGUUUAUCUAAAACAGAGCAACAAAUAAACAUCUUUAGCAUUAUUUUUUAUAUUAUUUGUAAU